CUCUAAGGGGCCAUACACAGAAAGUCCCUCUCUGCACCUCACAGGUCGAUGGACGGGGUUUGUUGCCUGCCACUCACCAUCUUCCUCCUCCACCAAGCACUGGGUACCAGCAACGUCAUCAACGUGACUGGGGCUGUGGACAGAUCCAUCACCUUAGUUUCCCGAAGCACGGAAGGAGAAGCUGUAGCCUGGAGCUUUCAAGCUGGUGUCAUAGCAACUGUGGAUUUGGCGAAUCCUCCUAAAGUCCAGUUCUUUGAUACCAAGUAUGAGCCACGCCUGGUGUUCCCCAACAGCAGUGCCCUCACCAUCCCCCAGCUGAGCAUGGACGAUGCCGGUGACUACACGGCACAGAACAGAAGGGGGAAAACCAUCUUCAGCCUCCGUGUUCACAGGGAGCUGGAAGUGCCCACGGUGACCUGCGUGGCUCAGAACUGCUCGGCCGGAGGCUGCAGCUACCUUCUGCACUGUGCAGCCACCUCUGGCUCAGGCUUUGGGGAAGUUUCCUACAGCUGGAAAGUAGGGGACAGACUGGAGAGCAAAGAGCCCGUGGUGCUGGUGGAGGAACAGGCCCUGGAUGAGCUGCAGCUGUUCACCUGCACGACACAAAAUCCCAUCAGCAGCCGCAACGUCACUGUCAGUGCUGUCGCUGCCCUCUGCACAGAAAACACAACCCACCCUCCUCCUGCCACUGGCACCUCCCCCCGCAAGCAGACUGCCAUCGUGGCUGUAGCCAUGGCUGGAGUUGUCAUCCUGUCUGCAGUGAUCAUCUCUGUGAUCUACUGUAAACCCACAGGUGGGAGGAUCUUCCAUUUGCCUGUAGCCAAGACUACAAACACAGAGGAUGGAGAGGACUACAGAACAGUGUAUGCCCAAGUUGGCCCUUCCCAGCAGCAGAGUUUCUCUAAUGCACAAGAGAACCCAAAGAAGACACCAACCCCUAGUGAGGACACCUCCAAAAGCAUCUACUCCACCGUCCAGGCUCUGCCUCAGACAGAUGAUGAGAAGAUGGGCAACAGGACACCAGGCUGCCAGGAGCAGGAUGAGAAAUCCCUCUACUCAUCAGUCAGCUUACCAGCACAGCCCUGCUUAACAGCACAUGGCCCUGCUGUCCCCAUGAGCCUGCUCUGAUCAGGGUGUUCCUCUCUGACCCUAGCUCAAGGGGCUGCAGCAUCUCCCCAUUCCCCCCUCAUCUCUGCUGCCUCUGAUUCACCCAUUGGCAGCGAGCCCUGGCCAUCAUCACAAGCUUGUGAGUGUCCCAGGCUCAUCUGGCACAGCUGCUCUGCCUUGGUUUGGUAUGGAUAUGGGCUUUGGGCUCCUUUUUCUGCCUUCUCUGAGCAGAUCAAGGAACAUGGACAAAAAGGAUGGCUGCAAAUCCAGCCCCUUCCAGUGCAAGGACAUGAGCUGAUGCUGGUGGGAUUCUCCCCACAGCACCUCAUGGUGCAGAGCCUCAGGACAAGAGGGCAAGAAGACCUGAGGAGUGUCUUAAACCCCUUUUUAACUCUUUCCCCUCCUCCUUUUUGCUCUAUUUUUACACUUGCCCAACCCUUUGCCUGCUAUUUGGUUGCUGAAGCAGAGGAAAGUGAAAGUAGCACUUGGUGGAGAAGGAAACAGCGGGUGCCUUGGCCCAGGUGCAAACACCCCAACUGCUAUUGUUUCAGUGCUCAUUUCCCCACCCCUCCCUGCUCCUGGGCCUGCUGGGGACCUGCCACCCACCCACACCCCAGCACCUCAGCACCGUGCUCAGCAUCGCUGCUGGCGUCAGUUUGUAGCUGCAGGACUGUGCUGGGUUCUGGGAGCAGGAGGUGAUUGGUGCUCAGGGGAAACCAGGAGGAGGAACGUGGCUCGUUGCACUCUGCUGCAGGGCUCUGAUGGGACUGGGUGACACGUUUUAGUUGUGGAUGAAAUGUGCCCUCGUGGCCAGUGGCAGCAAGAGAGUGUGGGCAGCAGGGUCAGGGAGGUGCUGCUGCCCCUCUGCUCUGCCCUGGGGAGGCCUCAGCUGGAGUCCUGUGGCCAGGGCUGGGCUGCCCAGCUCAGGAGAGACAGGGAAGUGCUGCAGAGAGGCCAGUGCAGGGCUGCCAAGAUGCUGAGGGGCUGCAACACGUGUGUGAGGAGGAAAGGCUGCAGCCCUGGGGCUGUUGAGCCUGGGGAACAGCAGCUUGAGCUCAGGGGCACCUCAGCAAUGCUGCUCAAGUGCAGGUGGGGAGAGGAUGGGGCCAGGCUUUUUUCUGUAGUAGCCAAUGAUAGGACAAGGGGUAACUGACAUCAGCUGGAGCACAAUCAGUUCCACUGAAACCCAAGGAGAAAGUGCUUUGGUGCUGAGGUGAGGGAGCCCUGGCCCAGGCUGCCCAGGGAGGGUGUGGAGGCUCCUUCUCAGGAGCUUUCCAAACCCCCCUGGACACGUUUCUGAGCCCCCUGAGCCAGGGGAACCUGCUGUAGCAGGGGCUGGGGCUGGAUGAGCUCUGCAGGGGCCUUUCCAACCAUCCUGUGAACUAUCUGUAUGUGAAGUGCUGUGACUGUGGGGUCAGGCAGCAGCUUCCCAGCAGAGCUGUGGGGAGCACAGCAGCUCUCCAAGCCCUGAGCAACACAGGGAUGCUGCAUUGCACAGGAGCAGCCUCAUCCCAUCAGGAUGCACGUCCUGCUCCAAGCUCUGCAGGGGUUCCCUGGGAUCUCUGUGCCCAACAAGCAAGACAAGGGGCACAUCCCCUCCCUCCCUGUUCCCCAAACCCACCCUGAGCUGCCAACUGAGCCAAACAACCACAUUGGCAUCAAUUCCCCUGUGCUGCUGGCCAGCCAGAUGCCUCUGGGAAGCUUCUUCCCUUGCCUCCUGCUUCCCUCUGCUCUUUGUCUUGUCUGGAAGGAUAGUAAAUUAUUCAGGGAUGAAACCUGAGAUUUCUUUUGAAGUGCCUGGCACAGGAGAGCCCUCUAGGAGCUGCUGGAAUAAAAAUGCAUGGUGCAUCUGAGCUCA